AUGUGUUUAGACUGCCACCCUCCCUUCCCAACUCCACUGAUUUCUGCUAAGUCUACCGUACUUAUUUCCUCGAAGCCAGUUGACCUGGAGACUUGUCAAAAGCAUGGCAUCAUCAAAGCUACUCCCACUCAAACAGCCUCUUGCACUCAACCAAAAUACGUCGCCACAGACCCUGUGGCCCUCCGCGUAAAACAACACAGCCAAAGCUUGUCCGGCGGAGACUUCACAAUCUCCACCUAUCCCACGGACGACUCUCCGCUCGGAACGAAGCUCUUCUCUGUGAAAGGUGAUUUCGGAUCAUUGAGUAACAAACGACACUUCAGCGACACCUCGGGCCUCCCAUUGUUUACACUGCAGCGCAAAAAAGCCGGCGUGACGUGGUUCGUAACCCUUCCUGGCGACGAGCGCGGCUCUGAACCUAUUGCGACGAUUGCCACGAAGUGGAGCGCUUUCAAAGAUAAAUUCGACGUCUACUUUAAGAAUGCGGCUGCGAAUGGGGAGGAGACGGUUCUGGAGGUCCGCGGGCAGAAUGUGUGGAAGACGAAGACACACGUCUACUACAAGGGGAACUUGGUGAUGAUCACCAAGCUUGCGGAUGUGGUGUCGGUCUAUGUGCCUGGCAAGCGUCCUGCCUGGACGGUAGAGGUUGCAGAGGGGAUGGAUCUAUCUCUGGCCUCUCUUAUUACAGUCCUCUUGGCUACACUGCUCCACUACAGCAGUUUACCGUCAUCUCAUUCUGGCCCCAGUUCCAGGGAAGAUGAAGACUUCAAGGGUAUCAGCAAGAAAUAA